AAAAUGGCUGCAUUUCGUUCUCCAUCGACCGGGAUGGUUUUAUUGUUGCUCAUGAGUUUGUUGGUAGCUGCCUUUGCUGACGGAAACUUUUACCAAAGUUGCGACGUGGUUUGGGGACAUGGCAGCCAUGGCAUGAUUCAGGAAGGUGGCGAGCUGCUUUCUUUGUCUCUGGACAAAACCUCUGGUUCUGGAUUCCAAUCCAAGGAUGAAUAUCUAUUUGGAAAGAUCGAGAUGCAACUCAAGCUUGUCCCUGGCAAUUCUGCUGGCACAGUAACCGCAUAUUAUUUAUCCUCGAAAGGUGAAACUUGGGAUGAGAUAGAUUUUGAAUUCUUGGGGAACUUAAGCGGACAUCCUUACAUUCUCCAUACUAAUGUAUUCAGCCAAGGCAAGGGCAAGAGAGAGCAACAAUUCUACCUAUGGUUUGACCCCACUGCAGAUUUCCACACUUAUUCCAUCCUUUGGAACCCCCAGCGAAUUGUAUUCUAUGUGGAUAACAUCCCCAUCAGAGAAUUCAAGAACCUAGAGUUCCUGGGUGUUCCAUUUCCCAAGAAUAAAAAAAUGCGGUUGUACUCUACGCUUUGGAAUGCCGAUGACUGGGCAACUAGAGGUGGACUUGAGAAGACAGAUUGGAGUCAAGCCCCCUUUAAGGCUUCCUAUAAGAAAUUCAAGGCCGAUGCCUGUGUUUGGUCAUAUGGUUCAUCUCAUUGCAGCCCAAACAAAAACGUCUGGUUUUGGGAAGAGCUUAACUUUGCCAAGAAAGGACAGAUGAGAUGGGUGCGGGAUAAUUACAUGAUCUAUGAUUACUGCACAGACACAAAGAGAUUCCCCCAAGGCCUUCCCACUGAAUGUGCCUUCUCCAACCUAUUCUAAAACCAUCACCCAUCUUCAUUUAAAUUGCAUCUUACUACUACUA